UCAACCACAACUACGAAAAAUCUUCCCUUCCCCUUUUCUCUACCAAUUCCAGUGCUCCCCGGGAAUCAAUUAUUGUCGCGACAAAGAGCACCCCCGAAAAGCAAUACAGUCAUCUAGCCUUCGCCUCCGCCUGCGCCUCGCUUGCAUUUCAUGGCGGGUGAGAAAAAUUCGCCGGACGAGCGCGCCUCGAAAAAGCAUAAGCGCGUUAAGGAUACGACAGAUGGGGAAAAGGAUUCUUCAGCAGUGAAGCGCAAGGAUAAGAAAAGAAAGGAGGUUGUUGAAGCUGAGGCUGAGGCCGAGGUUGAAGAGAAGGAGAAUGCUGAGGAUGGAGUGAAUAAGAAAGGGAAGAAGCAGAAGCGUGAGAGCAAGAAACGGCGGCUGCAGGAGGAUGAUAACGAGGGUGGGGAGGAGGAUGCGUCAAAGGAGGAGAAAGAGGUAGAGUCGCGGAAGAAAAAGAAGAAGAGGGUUUCGUUUGCGGCGGACGCGAAGGUCGAGGAUGGAGAUGAAGAUGAAGAUAAGGAUGAGGAUGAGGAUAUGAAUGACCAAUCUGUGGUUGAGGCGGAUGCGGAAGCCGAGGCGGAUGAUGAAAGCGACGACGCCAGCAAGAAGGAGAAGAAGAAGCAGAAGAAGAAAGAGAAGAAAGACAAAAAGAAGAGCAAGGAGGGAAAUUCGAAUGGUUCUACGACGAAUGAUGCCUCCGCGGCGAAAGAGGAAGCCCACGAUGCUCCUAUCCUUUCCUACCUUAGCCUCUACCAUAGCAGCCGAUCUGCGUGGAAGUUUCAGAAGAAUCGGGAGACGCAGCUGUUCAAAUAUGUUUUAUCGUUGGAGCAUGUUCCCGUUCGGUAUAACACCGCUCUACUUUCUUACCUACAGGGAUUGAAGGGCGAAGCCGCAAAGCAGCGGCUACGUGAAGUCGCCGGGGCUGCUGUCAAGACGGACAUUGAGGAAACGCAACCUGAGAGUAGCAACACGGAAUCUACAGAGGAUGUUGAAGAGCCCGAAGACAAGACUGAUUCGCCGAUGGUGAAGUACAGAAAGGCAGUGUACGCUUUCAGAACGGAUUUGGCCGAGGGCAAGUCGACGGAUACUACGCCGGAGUCUCUUGUUGGUGAUGCAGAGCUCGUGAAACGAUUCGAAAAGCGACAGCGUGCCGAAGUCGUCCUGUUUGCUGUUGACGGAAGGGUGUUCACGAUGCGAAAGCUCAAGGCUCCUCCGCAGAAAGGAAAAGGCACUGCAGUUCAGAGCCAGCCAACCAAGAAAAAGAAGAAGAAUAGGACUGCCUUUAUCGAAAUUUCGAGCAGCAGCGAGAGCGACAGCAACAGCGACAGCGACGACGGGAAACGAAAAAAGACCAAGUCCAGCAAAUCGUCGUCAGAAUCAAGCAGUGACAGUGAUUCUGACAGUUCAUCCUCAUCCUCUUCGUCCUAGAUUCCUAGGAGGAACUUUCUAUGAUCCAUCUUUCCGCGAUUACCUCGAUGUUCAAGUGAAAAAAGUUUUGAUAUUCUUUGGCAUGGCGGCGUCCUUCUACUUAAUGAUUGGUUUGGUCAACCAAAAGAUUCCAGCAUAUACUGCUUUAUGGUGUAUAAAUAUGUAUUAGAGCAUAGAAACAACAUAUAUACA